AUGCCAAAACGACAAGCAAAAGACUCAACCGAAGAAGAAGAAGAAUUUCAAUCCGAGGAGGAGUAUCAUGUUGACUCCGAACCACAACACGAAGCAGAGGAGGAUGAAUCAUCUCUUCAACAAACUUCCAAAGAUUCCCAACAACCAAAACAAAAAAAGAAGAAAUCAAAUCAAGCCUCCAAUCAACCCAAAGUGAUUCAACUUCUCUUCUCGAAAUCCUUUCUCUCCAUUGAACAAGCCUGUGAAACCAUUCAAACCAUAAUCGUUGAGGAUCCCGAAGAACAAUUAGCAUCAAUCAAAUUGUUGCAACAUCACAAUGCAAUUAAGAGAUUAAUUGAAUUGUUAACCAUUGACAAUCAUAAUCCAAUCAUUCAUGAAAGUGCACUUGCAUUGAAUCGUCUCUUUGAAGUGGAUGAAAAUAUUUUCUCAAAAUUAGAAAGUGAAUUAAUACAUCAAUUAUUGAAGGGUAUCAUUUUGAUGUAUAAGAGUGAUCAUUCCAUUCAUCCAUCGAUUAUUUAUGACCAUAAGGAGAGUCAUACUGAGAGUAAUGAUGCAUCAAACUCAUCACUUCCACCAGUAGAACAAUUCAUUUCUACUCUCUUUGACUUGCUUUUAGAAUUAAUUGAAUCGAAUACUUUUAUGAAUGAAUUAUUGAAACAAGAAGAAUUACUUCGAGAAACAUGUCAAUUAUUAUGGACAUCUUCUACUUGCCUUGUUUAUAAAGAAAAGAUUCUACAUUUAAUGUAUUCAAUGAGUAGAGAAGUGAUUGGAUUGAAAACAACACCUCUGGUUUCUACAACGGUUAAUGCUACGAAUUUGAUGAGUACUCAUGAUGUAUCCAAUGCUACAAGUAACUCUAUGGGUAUUGCCAAUACACACUCUCCAAAUACUCUAUCUAUUAUUUCAACCAUUAGAAGUAUUUUACAAUUAGUGAAUUUUAGUUCAUUGGAUUCUCUCAAGAAUGAUACAAGUGAGACUACUGCAGAUAGUACUGAUACUACUACUACUACUAUUGAUAGUACUGCAGAUAGUACUGCAGCUACUACCUCUCAACAACAAGACAAUCAUGACGAGAAAUAUUAUUCUUCUCUCUUUAAAACCUAUGCCAUUGGUAUUUCAAAUAAUUUAAAUGAAAAUCAAAUCGAUGAAUCUCAACUUGUUACAAAUAUCAAAAACAAACAACAUUUAGAAUUAACAUUUGAAAUUCUGCAUGGAAUUGCAUCAUUGAAUAAUACUCCAUCCAAAUUGAGAGCAUUGAAAGUGUUUAUUGAAUCUAUUUCAUAUAGUGUUGAACAUUCACACUUUGAUAUUCUCAUUGAAUUGUUAAAUGAUAUUUUUGAAAUUUAUUCUGAUGAGAAGGGAAUGGAAAAGGAAUUGUUUCAUGACUUGUUACCAUGUUUAGAAAAGAUUCAAUUAGAUGAUUUUAUUCAUGAAUUGAAAGAAAAUAUUGAAAAGAAACAUUGUGUUGGAAAGGAAUCAAAACAGAGUGAUGAAUCUGCAAUUGAGAUGGGUAUCACUGAACAAGAUGAAGAUGAUGAAGAAUUUAAAGAAAAAGCAGAAGAAGUGAAUGAAAAUUUGAAAGAAUAUAUCCAGUAUAUUCGAAAGAAGUGUGGAACCAUACAGGACAUGUGUGUAUGA